AUGCAGCGCGGCCUCGUGCAGCCAAAGCCGCGGCUACAGCAGCCUGUUAGCUUACAGCACUACCGUUAGGCUUUAAGAAACGCCUCGUUUGGGGGGAUUUACCGCGGUGGAAGCUCCUGCUUUUCUCUUGAUCUCACAGCCUGACUCUCCUUUUCGCCUACAGGACAAAUCACAGCAAGGCGGAGUGGAGGACUUUGACGAAUCUGUGGAGAAACGCAGAGGAGCGAAACUCAAUACGGGAAUAGCUGGCAGCUCAUUAGACUGCAUUGACUGCAUUGAUACCUCAUUGGAGGCGGGUCCGAAAGGAAAACACGGCUAAAUAAAGCUUAUUACAGCAGCAUCAUGGGCUGAUCUUAACGCUGCUGCUGCUGCCAUGAACUGAACUGAAACGAAACGAAUAAAUGAAGAGCGAACCGGGGAUUUAAGGAAGAUAGCGGUGAAGAUAACUGAGCCCAGAGCCAGUGCGGAAAAAGACUGCAGCUGAAUGAAUGUAUACACGGGAAGGCACAUAAGGAGACACUGGCUGGAAAGCGAUGGCAGCCAAUCACGAUCCGUGGUUGCUGCUGGUGACAGUCAGUCAUGAUUAUCUUGGCUGUAGGGUCUUUCACGUCCCUUGGUCUACACCAGUCCAACAGAUCAAGCUGCUCAUUUACGAAGAAACGGAUUUCCCUGUAUGUGAGCAGCAGCUGUUUCAUAAUGGAAAAGUGAUUAACGACAGAGUUGAAGUUGGAUCCUUGGUACCACCAGGGAGUCGUGAAAUAUUCAUGACGCUGCAUGGACGAGGCCUGAGAGGGGGAGGGAGAUUUGGACAAACUACUCCACCUUUGGUAGAGUUCCUGAAAGAUAUUUUACGGCGAUAUCCAGAGGGUGGACAGAUAUUGAAAGAGCUGAUUCAGAAUGCAGAGGAUGCGGGAGCAACAGAGGUUAGGUUUUUGUACAAUGAGACUGAAUAUGGGGUGGAGUCACUGUGGUCACACGAUAUGGCCCAGUAUCAAGGAACGGCUUUGUAUGUAUACAAUGAUGCAGUUUUCACAGCAGAGGACUGGAAUGGUAUUCAGGAGAUUGCGAGGAGCAGGAAAAGGGAGGACCCUUUGAAAGUUGGUCGAUUUGGUAUUGGAUUCAACUCUGUUUACCACAUAACAGAUGUCCCAAGCAUAUUCAGUGGAGAUCAAAUUGGGAUGCUGGACCCUCAUCAGAUGCUGUUUGGCGUUCAUGAGUCUGGUCAGUGCUGGAACUUGAAGUCUGACAUAAAGGAAAUAUUGGAGCUUACUGACCAGUUUGCACCAUUCUUGGGCCUGUUUGGUAGCUCAGAGAAGACUAUCAAAGAGGGCAACUUUCCAGGAACACUUUUUCGCUUCCCCCUCCGCAUGAAACCUUCUCAGCUGAGUGGCAACAUCUACAAUAAAGAGAAAGUUCUAGAGCUUUUUGAGUCCUUCAAGGCUGAUGCAGACACAGUGCUGCUCUUUCUGAAGAGUGUACAGAGGGUCUCUCUGCAUGUUCGUGAGUCGGAUGGUACUGAAAGGAUGCUGUUCCAGGUCACAGCAGGUGAGAAUGCUGAACACAAGCUUGAGCGGCCCAACUCUCUGAAAACUCUGGGCUUGGCCAUAGACAGCUACAGCAAUGGUGUGCCAAGUGAUUCAGUCACCUGCGCAACAUAUCAGCUGACCAUUGAGGUACAGGAUGGAACUGCCAAGGAGAGCCAGAAGACCACCUGGCUGGUUUGUAAUGGCGUUGGUGGGCGAGGCAUGUGCGGUGAACUAGACUCCCUUGCAGAUGACUUGAAGUUCAUCCCAACCAUUGGCAUAGCUUUGCCACUGACUCUUAUUGAUGAAGACAAGGGCGCAACUUCCAGCUUUUCAGGCCGAGCAUUCUGUUUCCUUCCGCUUCCGCUGGGAGAGGAAAGUAUGACAGGGUUACCAGUGCAUGUCAGCGGCUUCUUUGGCCUGACUGACAACCGCAGGAGCAUCAAAUGGCGGGAGGUGGACCAGUGGAGGGACCCAGCAGCUCUUUGGAAUGAACUGCUUGUCGUAACGGUCAUCCCAAGGGCUUACUACACACUCAUCAUAGAGACGAUUAAGCGUAUUCAGACCAAGAAGGACCAAGAUUUCCCCCUUUCACCCAGAGGCAUUUAUGGUGCCUGGCCUGAUCCCAACAAGAUACGUCCACACUGGAGACCUAUUCUUGAACCCCUGUUCCAUGACUUGCUCCAGCAGCCAGUCAUCUACUCACUCAGCAGCACUUGGGUCCAAGUGGAAGACACAGUGUUUUCAGAGCUGGACUCCACAAAGGACAGUACAGAGACAGUAAUCAAAUACCUCCAGAGCUCAGGGAUGACGGUGGCCCAAGUGCCAGCCACCAUUGCAGCGGUCCUGUCCACAUUUGUCACCAAACCUGAUAGCCUAAAGAAAGUGACCCCUGCUUUUGUACGACAGACGCUGAGGAAAACUAGGCACAAAGGGCCCUCCCAGGAGAAACUGCUUCUGCUCGAGUUUAUCCUCAGCGAUGCCUGUUACAGUGACCUCAUUGGACUGGAGCUGCUGCCUUUGCAAAAUGAGACUUAUGUUGCGUUUUCCUCCUCUGUGAGUGACAAGGAUGCUGUGUAUAUUGCCUCCGAAGAGUAUCCGAGGUCCCUUUAUCCAGGUUUGGAAGGAAGAUUCAUACUAGAAAGCAUUCCUCCACAAAUCAUGAACAGCCUGAAAGAAGCAGCCAAAAGCAGAGGAAGGCCCUGCACUCAAGUUCAAGUUCUAACCCCAGAGAGAUCAGCACGUCUCAUCAAAGAAAUCCUUACAACAGCCUGGCCUUCCAGAGACUUUUCUGUACAGUGGAGCCCUGAUGAUCAAGACAAGAAGCAUCCCUCAUUAUCCUGGAUCCGAAUGGUUUGGAAACAUCUCUACAUUAAUUUUGCUGAUGACCUUAGUACCUUUGAAGACAUGCCUUUGAUUCCAAAUGUGCCACUGAAUGACAGUAUAGAAUCUUUGGAUCUGUUGCGCCUCAAGACUCCAUCUCCCAUCAUUAUUGUGAAUGAAGAAGAGGGCCCUGUCUCUGAGAUCCUGCUUGAAGUCAUAAAAAAGGUUGGAGGGGUUGUCUUGAAAAAACUAGAUCCAUGUUUGCAACACCCACAAUUGAAAAAUUACAUCCAUCCACUGUCUCCAAGCACGCUACUGCAGAUUAUGGACAGGGCCUCAUCCCAGAGGCUGGUUAGUCAAGUAUCAGCACUUUCCAACAAACAAAAGAUUGCCCUCAGAAGCUUCUUGGCUGGUCUUACAGAUGUCACUGAGAAGGAAAAACGUAUCAUUCAAGAGCUCCCCAUGUUUGUGAAAGUGGGACAAUAUUCAGAGAAAGGCACCCCAUCCUUUACCUCUCUGAAAGGAGGCAGAGCGUUGCACCAUACUGCCAAGUAUCCUGCAGAUGUUAAGUUAUCCAUCAAUGUAGUUGACAGCAGUGAUGAGGCAACUAUCCGUCUCACUGGGCUGUUAAAUAUGGAGCAAGUUAAGAGCACUGAACUGGUGAAGGUGAUUGUCCAGGACAUUGAGAAAGGGUUCUACACCAAAGAAGAAGUGAAAAAGAUUAUGCUGUGGGCCCUUACUCAUUUGUCAUUUCUCAAGAAUGAAAACAAAGCAGUGAUCACUUGCCUUUCAUCUCUAAAGUUCAUAUAUUCGUCCUCAGCUAAAGCACUUGCGGCAACAGACUUUUUUGAUCCUGAGCUGGAAAUACUGCAAAAUCUCUUCUACAUGGAAGAAAAGACGAGAUUUCCACCGGACGCAUAUAUGUCAUCUUCUGAUGUUCUUCAUUCUCUAAGGCAGCUAGGACUUAAGAAUGAGGUGCAGCUUACUGAAAAAGAUGUACUUCAGGUUGCCCAGAAAAUUGAAGAGUUAGUGGAAAGUCCUACGCCAGAGUGGGAGCCUCUUCUGAAGAAGGCGAGAACCCUUCUUACAAUCCUAAACAAGCAAACAAAGUUGAUUAAGUCUUCAGAAGCUCAGGUGUCCCUGCAGAACUUAAAGUGGGUCCCUGUCUGCAAAGACAGACCUUUGAAUUACCCCAAGUCUCUUGCCUGGAUGGGAGACUCUUGUAAUAUUUCUUCCCUCUCUGAAAUGUGUGAUAUAUCUCAUGCAGUGCUUGUUGGUUCUUCUGUAGCACUGGUGGAAAGAACAUCUGCUGGCAUGAAAAAAGCCCUAAAGUUAUCCAUGGACCCCCAAGUUGACCAAGUGCUUCAGCAUUUAAAAGCAGUAAAUGACUGGCACAGAUCCCAAGCAUUCACCACAGAGGAUUGGUAUCAGUUUCAGCAGAUACUUUUUGAAAUCUAUGACUUCAUGCAAGUUCACUUAGAAAAUGCAAGAGAAGCAGUGAAGUCUUUGUCCUUUGACUGGGUUUGGACUGGGAAAACAUUUGCAUCUCCUGGCCACACUGUCCUGAAGCCUGUACCAGAUCUGGAUCUACAACCCUACUUGUACUCAUUACCAAAGACCAUCGCAAAGUUCCACAAACUCUUCAAAUUCUGUGGUUCUAUUGAUGAAGUUGUUCCCAGUCAUGUGUUUGAUGUGGUUAAAACAAUUCAAGAAAGGAGUGAACAGGAGAUGUCAAAAGAAGAAAGCAAACAUAAUCUCCUACUCCUAAUUAACAUCUUACGUUGGCUAUACAGCAACCAAAUAGCAGUGGAAGUUGACAUGCAUGUACCAAUUUUUUGCUACAAAGAUCCAAGCAAAUUGAUCAUGAAGCCAAUUCAUGAAUGCACCUACUGCGACAUCAAAGUUGAUGAUUUGAAUGACUUGCUUGAUGAUACCUCAGAGCCCAUCAUCCUUGUACAUGAUGACAUUCCCAUGAAAACUGCAGAGUGGUUAAGAGUUCCUUGUUUGAGUACAAGGCUGAUAAACCCAGAGAACCUUGGCUUCGAACAGUCUGGGCAGAGAGAACCUUUAACUGUGAGGAUAAAGAAUAUCCUAGAGGAAUAUCCAUCUGUUGCAGACAUCUUCAAAGAGCUCCUGCAGAAUGCUGACGAUGCAAAUGCUACUGAAUGCAGUUUUCUGAUUGACAUGAGAAAGAAUCUCGAUAUACGAGAAAACCUACUGGACCCUGGAAUGAUUGUCUGCCAUGGUCCUUCUUUGUGGUCAUUCAACAAUUCUGUUUUCUCUGACACAGACUUCCUCAACAUAACUCGACUAGGUGGAUCCAUGAAAAGAUGCGAAGCAGACAAGGUGGGCAAAUUUGGGUUAGGGUUCAACUCUGUUUAUCAUGUGACUGACAUACCCAUCAUCAUGAGCAGAGAGUUCAUGAUCAUGUUUGAUCCUAACAUCAAUCACAUCAGCAAACACAUCAGGGACAAAUCAAACCCAGGUAUUAAGAUCAACUGGAGCAAACAGCAGAAACGACUGAGGAAGUUUCCUAACCAAUUCAGACCAUUCAUUAAUGUCUUCAACUGUCAGCUUCCUCUGGCACAAGAGUCCCCUUACAAGUAUGAUGGAACACUCUUCAGGCUUCCGUUCAGAACAGAGCAGGAAGCAGCAGUGAGUGAAAUCAGCAGCAUGUACUACAACACCACAGAUAUCUAUUCACUAGUUGAUGAAUUUAGCAUCUGUGGCCACCGGCUGAUUCUUUUCACACAGCAUGUUGGCACAAUGGUCCUGAAGUAUUUGAAAUCUGAGGAGUCAAAUCCUGCUGCUGCACAGGAUGUAGUCACAAUAAACAAGAGCGUAUGGUCUUCCAAAGCAUCAUAUGGUCCCCUUAGUAUUCUGAAAUCUGCAGCCAAAGUCAUGAAAAAGGUUGCAGCCACCAACAGAGUACCAGCUGAUAUUCCUAGGUCUGGCUGCAUCAUCAGAAUUGUAGUGGAGGAGUACCACAAUGUGUUCAGGCGAAUUCUUGAUCUACAGUCACCCCUUUUCAGAGGUUCUGAAGAGGAUCCAUCCUCAUACUUUGAGAUGGCAGCUAAAGGCUCUCAAACCAAGAGACUCACUGAUGAAAUGCCUCAGAAAGGUGUGGAAAACACAAACUGGCUCAUUUGUUCAUGUAUGGAUGUGGCUGAAGCUCUGAAGUUCUCCUUGAAUGAAAGUGGAAAACGGCUAGGACUGGUGCCAUGUGGGGGUGUAGCAGUUCUGCUCUCUGAGGAAGACAAUCGAAAAUGGACAGUGAAAACAAGUGCAAGCCCAAUUGGAGAAGUGUUCUGCUACUUACCUCUCAGAAUAAAAACUGGACUGCCUGUGCACAUAAAUGGAUGUUUUGCUGUUACGUCAAAUCGUAAAGAAAUCUGGAAAACAGACACAAAAGGAGAAUGGAACUCAAUUUUCAUGAGACAUGUCAUUGUACAGGCAUACCUGGCUGCACUUAGUAUGCUGCGAACUAUGUCAGAAAAUGGGGAACUCCUUGAAUACAACUAUUACGCAGCCUGGCCCGACCCUGGUGUUGUACAUGAUGACUUUAAUUUGAUUUGCCAAGGAGUAUAUCAGGAAAUCGCCAAAGGUGGAGAUGAUGACCAUGCAAAAGUCUUCUCAGAUGGCAAAACCUGGGUGUCAAUCAAGUAUGUCAGGUUCUUGGAUGACUCUUUGCUCUGCAGACCUGAUGUUGGACCUGCUGCCUUCAAAAUAUUUAUGAAAUACCUUAAGAAGUGUGGCUCCCAAGACCUCUGUGCUGUUGAGCUGCCAGACUGGGUCAAAGAAGGCUUUGAUGAUGCUGGCUGUAAAGGGAAACUGAUGGAGAACACACUCACAGAGAGACAGUUCUUCUCAGAUGUCUUCUUCCCACAUAUACAAGACAUCGACAAAGACCUUUGUGACCCCCUGAUGUACUACGUCCUCAAUGAAAAAUUGGAGGACUUUGCAACCAUUUUGAGGGAGACUCCAUGUAUUCCGUGCUCAGGGCCAUCAAACAGACUUGUUCUGCCAUCUCGACUCAUACAUCCAGAAGGAAGAGUUGCCAAACUGUACAACAGCGAUGAUGGGCGGUUCCCUGCGGGAAGUUUGAAAGACUAUCUGAAUCCAGUAUGCCUAGUGAAGUUAGUGCAGCUGGGUAUGGUGAAAGAUGACCUCUCGUGGGAAGAUUUGACUGAACGGGCCGAGUCUGUUAUGAUGCUUAAUGAAACAGACCAUGUAGCCGCAUGUCACAGGAGCAGUAUUCUGCUUAGUCUCAUUGAUGAGAAACUGAAAAUGAGAGACCCAAGAGGAGAUGAAUAUGUUGAAAAAUUACAAAACAUCAAAUUCCUUCCUUUCUUGACAAAGCCUGCUGGCUUUUCACUCCCUUGGCAUGGAAAUAAUUUCCCCCAGUCAACAAUGUUCUCUGCAACAGAACUUUUCACAACAGAACAUCAGGACACUGUGUGCUUGAUGAAGCCAAUCCUGAAUGAGAACUCUCCAUCUUUUAAAGGAUGUGGUCCGAUUUCUCUAGCUGUGAAAGACUUUCUUGGACUGAUAAAAAAGCCAGCUGUUGGGUUAGUCAUAAGCCAACUCAGAGAACUCUCAAAAUCAUUUGAUGGUGUCACACUGUAUCAAGAAAACAUCACAAAUGCUUGUUACAAAUAUUUGCAUGAAGAGAUGAUGCAGUCCAAAACUGCAAAGGAAGAAAUUAUGGAUGAGCUGAAAACGUUCUGCUCAAUUCUAGUAGAAAACACAUAUGUUAAUCCAUCUAAAGUGGCAUUUCACUUGAACUUUGAUGCAGCUCCAUAUCUGUACCAGCUUCCUAACAAGUAUAGAAACAGCUGCCGUGAGCUGUUUGAGAAUGUGGGCGUUCAGCCAAGCUUCACAGUUGAAAAUUUCUCAGCUGUACUAGAAAUGAUCAAGAAUGAAUGUGGGAGAAGAUCUCUUACUGAGGACAACUUUCAGCUAUGUCGCAGAAUCAUCAGUGAAGGAAUAUGGAGUUUGAUUAGAGACAAAACUCAAGAGUUCUGCCAAAGUAACUAUGGACAGAUACUCUUGCCUGACAGCAAUCUCACUUUGCAACAGUCUAAGUCACUGUGCUACAAUGACUGCCCUUGGAUUAAGGUCAGAGAUACAACUGUGAAGUAUUGUCAUGGAGAUAUCCCAAGAGAGGUAGCAGUGAAAUUAGGUGCAGUUCCGAAACGCCACAAAGCUUUGGAAAGGUAUGCUUCUAAUAUCUGUUUCACUACUCUUGGUAGUGAGUUUGGGCAAAAGGAGAAACUCACGAGCAGAAUCAAGAGCAUCCUCAAUGCUUAUCCAUCUGAGAAGGAGAUGCUGAAAGAGCUCCUUCAGAAUGCAGAUGAUGCCAAAGCAACAGAGAUAUACUUUGUCUGUGAUCCCAGAACACAUCCAACUGACAGGAUAUUUGAUGACAAGUGGGUACCCAUGCAAGGUCCAUCACUCUGUGUGUACAACAAUCAGCCAUUUACAGAGGAUGAUAUUAGAGGGAUCCAGAAUCUUGGUCGAGGGACAAAAGAGGCAAACCCUGGUAAAACUGGACAGUAUGGUAUUGGAUUCAAUUCAGUGUAUCACAUCACUGACUGUCCAUCUUUCAUCUCAAAUAACGACAUUCUUUGUAUCUUUGAUCCACAUGCACGUUAUGCACCUGGGGCAACCUCUGUUAGCCCAGGACGAAUGUUUCGAGAUUUGGAUUCUGACUUCAGGUCGCAAUUUUCUGAUGUCCUGAACUUGUAUUUGGGAAAUUAUUUCAAGCUGGAGCGCUGCACGAUGUUCCGCUUUCCCAUUCGCAGUGUAGAAAUGGCAAAAAUUUCUGAGAUCAGCUCAGUACCUGCUUCAGACAGAAUGGUACAGAAUCUCCUGGACAAAUUACGAACUGAUGGUGCAGAACUACUUAUGUUUUUGAACCACAUGGAAAAAAUUUCAAUAUGUGAAAUAGAAAUUGGGACAGGAGAACUGAAAACACUAUAUUCUGUGACCGCAAAAAUCACAGAUGGUGAUCGUCUUAAACGCAAGCAGUUUCAUGCUUCUGUAGUGGACAGUGUGACAAAGAAAAGGCAGCUGGACCAAAUCCCAGUACAACAAAUUACAUACACAAUGGACAUUGAAGACUCAGAUGGGAACUCAACAACCUGGCUGGUGUGCAACAGAUCUGGCUUCUCUGUCAUGGAAAAGGUGUCCAAGAGUGUAAUUUCAGCUCACAAAAACGAGGACAUAACACUCUUUCCUCGGGGAGGAGUGGCAGCAUGCACUAGCCACAACUAUAAAAAAGCCCACAGAGCAUUCUGCUUUCUCCCCCUUUCUCUAGAGACUGGCCUGCCAUUUCAUGUGAAUGGGCAUUUUGCAUUGGAUUCUGCCAGAAGAAACUUGUGGAGGGAUGACAAUGGAGUUGGAGUGAGGAGUGACUGGAACAAUAAUCUAAUGACAGCACUAAUAGCUCCUGCUUAUGUGGAGCUGCUGAUCCAGCUAAAACGUAGGCUCUUUCCUGGGCCUGAUCCCACCAUGACAGUUCUUCAGGGAACACCAAUCCAUGUUGUCAAAGACAUUUUGAGAAAGUUCUUGUUUUUCUUCCCAGUAAACAGACUUGACAUUCAGCCAGACUGGUACUGCUUGGUAAAGGCAAUCUAUCAGUGCAUUCAUGUAGACCUGAAGAGACUCCUCCCUGUUGUCAGAGCACCACACAUGGAUAACACUGAUAUGCACUCAGCAGUAUACAUUUCCUGGGUGAACACAUCUGCUUCAACUAAAGGCAGAGCAUUCUUUGACAACUUGCUGCAGGAUGAGUUGCAGCACCUGAAAAACACAGAAUACAACAUUACCACACGAAAGUCUGUGGCAGAAAAUGUCUACAGGCUGAAGUCCAUGCUUCUGGAUGUUGGCUUUAACUUGGUCCACAGUUGUGAUGAAACAGCUAGCCUGUACUUCUGCCUGGAAGAUGCAGGUAUUCCCGUCAGCUAUGUGACACCAGAAGAUGUCCGAAAAUUCCUGGGAACAUUCUCAUCUCCAGACGCAUCAUGCCAAGUUGGAAAACUGCCCUGUCGACUUCAGCAGUCUAACUUCAAACUCUUCCACAGUCUAAAACUUCUAGUGGACUAUUGCUUCAAAGACAUAGAGGAGGAUGACAUCAGAAUAGAGGGCCUGCCACUGCUUUUGACAAUGGACAACAUUUUGCAGGUGUUUGACUCUAAACGGCCAAAAUUCCUGACUAAUCAUCAUGAACUAAUCUCCUCCAGGAAAGAGCUGUUCAUGCACACCCUGUACAUGAGAUACAGCAACAUUCUUUUUAAAGCAGGUGUGGCAAAGGUCUUUGACAUAAGCAGCUUUGGAGAUUUAUUGGGAUCUGUCCUACCUCGAGAGUACAGAACAAGGGUCUCUGUCAAGUGGAGAGAAAACUACGCAAGUGAAUCUUGGCUGAAAAGUGCAUGGCACUUUAUCAGUGAGAAUAUUGCUGUCAAAGAAGAACAGACAGAACUUAAGCCAACUUUAGAGACAGUCCUGGACAUCCUUAAAGACUGGGCUCUACUACCAGGGAUCAAGUUCAUGGUGUCCAGCAACAAGUUAGUUGUGCCAGAAUAUGAUGUUUUGUUACCCCUGAGUCUAAUGUAUGCUGCCAUUUUUCCCAAUGGACAGAAUGACAAAGUCUUCCACACCCUGAUGAAAGCAGGAUGCUUUCAGGUGGCUGUAAACAAAAUAUGUGCCAAAGAGAAUCCAAUCUUGCCUCUAAUAGCCCAGCACACAGCAAAUAUAGACAGUCCUUCAAGCAUUCUGAGAGCCCUUGAGUACAUGAUUCAGACAUCAGCUUUCAAAGCAGGGAAUUUGAUAGACAAAGACUUUGAAGCACUCUUGUUAUACUUCAACUCUAAUUUGAUCAACCUGUGCCAAGAUGAUAGACAAGGUCUGAAGUUGCUCCCAUGCUACAAGGCUGUUAAUGGCCGACAUAUUAGCAUUGCAAACUUUGGAGCUUGUUACAUUCUGACCAAAAGCAUUCCCUCCGUUGACAUGGAAAAAUGGGCACAUACUACAUCCUCAACAUUUCUAGUUGACAAUCCACAGCUGAGAGAACUCUACACCUUCCUUGGGUGCACCCCAAUAGAUGAUCUGGAAGUCUACCUGAAACAUCUCCUUCCAAAGUUUGACAUUUUGUCACAUGAUGCCAAAAUCCAUCAUCUCAUCUAUCUAAAGGAGAGGUUAUUGGCAAUGGAGGAGCCUUGUGACAUAAAGGAUCAACUCUACGAAAAACUGGAGAGUCUGUCAUUUAUUUAUGACUCAACAAGCAGACUAAAACCAGCCAAGGCCUUCUUUGACCAAACUGUGAAAGUAUUUGAAGUGAUGCUUCCACCAAAGUCUUUCAUCCCCCCUGAUUUCUUCAGGAAAAUUGAGCAAAUGAUGAAACCAAAAAAUGGAACCUUGUUCUUACCCUCAUGGAUUACAUUCCUCCGCAAGAUAGGUUUAAAGUACAUUGUGUCUCAGCAGCAAGUUCUGCAGUUUGCGAAAGAGAUCAGCAUCAAAUCUCAAACAGAGAACUGGUCUAAUGAAAAAGUCCAGACAGUUGUUGAUGUUCUCCUGAAUCACAUUUUCAAUGAGAGGACAGAUCUGUUUGAGGGAGCAUUCCUCAAAGAACUCUCCAUGAUACCAUUCCUCUAUCCAGAGCGUGCACCAGCGGAACUUGUCAGACUUCAUCCUCAGCAUCAAGAAAUAAAUGGGACACUCUCUCUAAUUCGUUUCAAUGGGUCUCAAGUUAAUCCAAAAUUUAAACAAACAGAUAUCAUGCAAUUACUCUGGACCUCUUGUCCUAUUCUACCAGAGAAAGCCACUCCAGGAAGCAUAAAAGAGCAAGAAGGAAGCACCCUUACAGGACAAGAGCAGCUUGACCAAGUUUUGACAGUGUUAAAUGUCAAUUUAGACCCUCUUUUGGAGAAGGUCAUUAGCAACUGCAAGAACAUCUGUAGCAUCACAAAUCUGGAUGAUGACACGGUCAAAACAAGAAACAAAGUUUUGAGGAGCACCUAUGAAUUCCUUAAUUCAGAUAAACGGGAAUUCCGUUACCAGUUACGGGGAGUGGCAUUUGUUAUGGUUGAGGAAGGUUGGAAACUUCUAAAACCAGAGGAGGUUGUCAUAAAUCUGGACAAUGAAUCAGACUUCAAACCAUAUCUGUACAAACUGCCACUUGAACUUGGCACCUUUCACCAACUGUUCAAAGUAUUGGGAACUGAGGAUGUUGUAUCAACAAAACAAUAUGUUGAAGUGUUGUGUCGCAUAUACAGAAGUUCAGAAGGCAAACAGCUUGACCCAAAUGAAAUGAGGACAGUAAAAAGAGCAGUAUCUGGACUCUUCAAAAGUCUCCAGAAUGACCCAGUACAAGUUCGCAAAGACCUAGAAAGCCUCAGAGAUAUCAUGUUUUACCUGCCGAGUCAUGAUGGUCGACUAGCCAAGUCAAAUAGUUUGGUCUUUGAUGAUGCACCGCAUUACAAGAGCAGAAUCCAGGGUAAUGUUGGAGUCCAGAUGCUUGUUGAUAUGAGUCAGUGCUAUCUAGGCAAAGACCAUGCCUUUCACACGAAGCUCAUUAUGUUGCUUCCACAGAAAAUGAGGCCCAGACUCUUGAGUAGUAUCUUAGAGGAACAACUCGAUGAAGAGUCUCAGAAAAUGUGUCAGUUUGGAGCACUUUGCUCACUUCAGGGCCGACUUCAGCUGUUACUUUCCUCUGAGCAGUUCAUCACGGGACUAAUACGGAUAAUGAAGCAUGAGAAUGACAAUGCGUACAUGGUCAAUGAGGAAAAGGCAAUACGGCUGUGCAAAGCUUUGUGUGAGGGUUUGAAGGUGUCCUGUUUUGAGAAGCUACAGACUACACUGCGGGUGAAAGGCUGCAGUCCUAUUCCACAUAGCCGGAGUGAAACUCUGGCCUUUCUAAAAAGAUAUGGCACAUCAGUCAUCCACCUCUACAUUCAACAUUCAGAUAGUAAGGAUAUCAAUUUCCUGCUUGCUCUUGCAAUGACCCUCAAGUCUGCAACAGACAAUCUGAUCUCUGACACUUCUUAUCUUAUUGCCAUGCUGGGAUGCAAUGACAUAUACAGAAUCACAGAAAAGCUGGACAAUCUUGGUGUCAAGUAUGAUUCAACUGAGCCCUCAAAGCUUGAACUUCCUCUUCCUGGGACACCCAUACCUGCAGAGAUACAUCAUAUCCUUCUAAUGGACCCUAUGAACGUGUUCUAUCCUGGAGAAUACGUUGGCUACCUGGUUGACUCUGAGGGAGGAGACUUUUUAGGGUCUUAUCAGCCAACCUAUACAUAUGCCAUUAUUGUUCAAGAGGUAGAGAGAGAGGAGGAGGACAACUCAAGCUUUCUUGGUAAAUACUUCCAAAUUGACAUAGGAUAUAGUGAAUACAAAAUCGUAAGCUCCCUUGAUCUGUAUAAAUUCUCUAGACAAGAUGAGAGCACCCAUAUUCGAGACGGUGUGCCAACAACACCUACAAGCCCAUCAGAGAGUCAUGCCUCAGGACCCAGAAUGGUACCACCAAUUUUUCCUGGCAAGGAAAAUCACAUAACCCCUCCAACAAAGUCUCCAAAAAAGAUUAAGCUUAAUGCAUUACCUGAAAUUUUGAAAGAAGUGACAUCAGUUGUGGAACAGGCUUGGAAACUUCCUGAAACCGAAAGAAAGAAGAUAAUAAGACGGUUGUAUCUUAAAUGGCAUCCAGAUAAAAAUGCAGAAAACCUUGAUAUUGCCACAGAGGUCUUCAAGCAUUUACAAAAUGAAAUCAGCAGGAUGGAGAAGCAAGCACAGGCAGAACAGACCACAGACAGAGCAUCAAGGAGAACUUUCUCUGCAUCGUCUUCUCGCUUCCAGUCAGAGAAGUUCUCUUUUCAAAGGUUUUACACAUCAUGGAACCAAGAAGCAACAAGCCAUAAAUCUGAGAGGCAACAGUUUCGAGAACAGUUUACCAGCUAUGCAGGAAACUCGCAUUCAAACCGCUUCUUUGUGCCACCAUCUUUUAAGUCUGUUGGCAAUCCUGUGGAGGCUCGAAGGUGGCUAAGGCAGGCAAGAGCCAACUUUUCAGCUGCACGAAAUGACCUUCACAAAAAUGCCAACGAGUGGGUGUGUUUUAAGUGCUAUCUGGCCACCAAACUAGCAUUAAUUGCUGCAGACUAUGCAGUCAGAGGGAAAUCAGACAAAGAUGUGAAGCCCACAGCACUGGCACAGAAAGUGGAAGAAUACAGCACUCAGCUUACUGGGCUGGCUAAAGAUGUCCACAUCUUGGAAGGUUAUGGUGUUGACAGCCUGAGAACCCGCUAUCCUGACCUGUUGCCUUUUCCACAGAUUCCUAACGAUAGGUACACUUCUGAAGUGGCAAUGAGGGUAAUGGAAUGUACAGCUCGGAUAAUUAUUAAACUAGAGACAUUUGUACAGCAAAAAAUUUGAAUCUUCAAAAAUACCAGGCAUUAGAUCAAGAAAAAUUAAGAUCUUUGCAUAACAUAAACUGUGGUGGCCAUGUGCAAUACAAACAAGUGAUUAUAAUCCAGGAGUUAUUUGAAGCAAAAGUAUGCAUCCAGCAGGCAGCUUAUGCACGGUAUCACUAAUGGUGCUGAAGCCCAUGCUUAUUGCAUACAUGUUUGCUUAUACAUGUCAAAACAAAUGCUGCCUGAGCCUGAAGAAAAAAAAAACUGUAUAUAACCUUAUACUUUAGCGAAAAGGUCUUUGACAUGCAAGUGUACAUAAUGCUACAAGGCAUAGCAAUAUUUUUCUUUUCAAACCAAAGUUUGUUUCCCUUGUACAAAAAUGAAUAAGAAUGUGCUGCUUUUUUACUUCAUCUUUUAUAAGAAAGUAUUUUUUUCUUCACACAGUCAACUCCACUGACUGUAUUGUAAUCAGCAUGCAUUUGCACUGCACUGUUGAGUAAGAAGCGCUUGUGUGACUGCUGAACUGGGUUGAGUGAAGACUUGGAGUAUCAUAGAUAAAACAAAGGUUACACUGAACAUGGAAAAAAAAAACCUCAAUUGUUCUAUGACCUCUGGGACUUCAUCUGUCCGUAUGUCUUGUGGUGUUGGUGUGUCAAUUAUCAUGAAUGACAAAAAUCAAUGUAUAGUGCAUAGAAAUAUAUAAACAUAAUACCUUUUCUAGCAGACAUACUCUGAAGGUUUCUGACAUGUGACAUAGCUUAGUACUAAUGUUUCAAAGACAUCAUGUGAAAGGGCCCAGUAAUUGAAGUGCAUCCUAGAAUGCAAUACCUUUUCCUUAGGUAUGCAUUUGUUUAGCUAUAAAAAUGGCUGUGUAUUUGCCAUGUCUCACAGUCUAAUUUUGAUUUGCUUAUCGUCAAUGUCUCCAUUGUACAGUAGGACUGAAUUAUGUGUUGGAGCACAUCUGAUGAUAAGCAUUAUUUUUUUCAUCUAUAUUGUAACCCAUUAUAAAAUCCUUAUGAUUCUUCAAAUCAUAUUUCACAGUUAAUGUAUUUGCUAUAGCCUCACAUGCAAUCAGGAAUAUGGGAAACACAUUGUUUAUUAAGUAAAUACAUGUUUUAUCAUGUGCAAUGCCAAUGUUUUCUUCCUGUGUUGAAAAUUUGGUACAAUCCAGUCUUUCAUGUAAGAGGAACAUACUUACUCAUAUGGUGCUCAGUGUUAUUUAUCUUGUACCUCUGUUUUAUUUAAGAAAAAUCACAGGGACUAAAAUGAAACACUGGUUACUUCAUUCUUUUUGUUUGUAAUCUGUACGCCUUGUCUUUCAUAUCUAUUUCAUGUCGUAUUGUAGGCCUGAAACCACUGCAACUAUUGGUUUGAACCUGUUCAUCAGAUCCCGGUUGACAUAUAUCUCUUGUUAACGUCAGCAGUGCCAUAGAUCUAAUAAAUUCCCAGAGUACCAUUUGUGUGUGUGUGCUGUCAUGUAGUAAAAUUGGCAACCUUU